AUAUAAACUCAACUCAACUCUGUUUUUUUUUUAUUUUUGUACAUACUUUAUUUUACAUAUAUAUAUAGAGAGAGAGACAUCAUAUUAUUAUUAUUAUUAUUACGCUUUUUUAACAUUAUUAUUAUUUAUUAUUCAUGCCAUCACGACGUCAUCGGUUUGUCACUCCUUUACUUGAUUAUCUUACUCUUAUUUAUGCAUAUAUACGGACCAUUCUCUAUUAUCCUACUAAACAUCGAAUACAACGUAUUACCACCACCACAACUACUACUACUACUACUAACAAACUCAAUUCAAAACGAACUGCUUUACAAUAUUACAAAGGAAAAACUCUUGUAUUAGACUUGGACGAAACUUUAGUUCAUUCUGUUCAACUUGGUGGUACUAAAUUACAACCCAUCCAUGCUGCUAUUCAACGAAAACAAAUUGAAGUAACAAGUGAAAAACAAAGUGUACUUUAUUUAGUAUAUAAACGACCCCAUGCUGACUUUUUUUUGAAAACGAUAAGUCAAUGGUAUAAAGUAGUCAUCUUUACAGCUUCUAUGGCAGAAUACGCUGACCCAGUGAUAGAUUGGUUAGAUCAGGAUGACAGUAUGGUAUCACAACGUUAUUUUAGACAGUCAUGCGUACCAAAAGGCGGGAACUAUUUGAAAGAUAUAUCAUUAGCUGAACCUGAUCUUUCCAAAGUUUGCUUAAUAGAUAAUAGUCCUAUUGCUUAUGAACUUUAUCAAGAAAAUGGAAUCCCAAUAUCAAGCUGGUUUAAUGCACCUAAUGAUGAAAGUUUAUUAGAUUUGUUACCGCUUUUGGAUGCUCUUCGGUUCACUUCUGAUGUUCGGAACAUUUUGAAACUUCGAAAACUAUCUGUUCCUAUGGAAAAUUAGUUUAUUUCUAGUCAUCCCCCCCCUCUCUCUCUUUUUUUAUAAUAUAUUUUUUUUUUAUCACCAUCUCCUACACAUACCAUUACUUUUGUUGUUGUUGUUUCUUUAGAUCUUGUGACAUUUUGUUCCAAUUAAUAAUAAACUUUCUUUAUUUCAAUUGUUUUCUUUUUUU